AGUUUUUGUAGAACCAGCAUAUCGACAUGUCCAAACGUUCUUUUGACCAAGUGGAGGAUUCCAACAUUAAAGACAAAGUGGCCAAACUAGCACAAGAAUCUUCAACGCAUGAUGUAGCCAAGACACAAGCUUUACUGCUGGCAAGAUUAAAUGGAGCGGCAUUACCGUCUCAAUUACACAGCCUCGAUCAAGAAUACGAUACACUUUACAAAUUAUUAAAACAGACCGUGGAUUCAGGAGAAAGUAACUCUUGUCUGUUGAUUGGCAAUCGAGGAACAGGCAAAUCAGCUCUUGUGCGAACCGUAUUGAAAGAUCUCGAGAAAUUAAGCAAAGAUUUCUGCAUUGUAAAGCUUAAUGGAUUAACAGAAACAAACGACAGACUGGCUUUGAACGAAAUUGCACGUCAAUUAGCAGUCGAACAAGAAGAUCAAGACGAUCGUAGCUUUUCCACGUUUGCAGACUCGUUUGAUUACAUGUUAUCCCUGUUAAAAUCUGGCGACAAGUCCUCACUACCUGUUAUAUUCAUUCUUGACGAAUUUGAUUUAUUUGCACAACACCCAAAGCAAGCGUUAUUAUAUAAUUUAUUCGAUGCAGCACAAAGCGCACAAAACCCCAUGGCUGUGAUUGGUUUGACAUGCCGCUUGGAUACGUUGGAAUUACUCGAAAAGCGUGUCAAAUCUCGAUUUUCUCACAGGCAAAUUUACCUGUUCCCGUCUUCCAAUUUUGGCCAGUUUAUCGAGAUUGCAAAAGGAACACUCACAUUACCGCCAGAGCACAAGCUUUUUAAUGAUUCGCUUGAAGAGUUAUUUCAAAAUCCCACAGUCAACGGUAUCUUGAGACAUAUUUUUGAUAUUUCAAAGGAUAUCCGAAUGUUUCAUAAAAUAUGCUUUCCUGCUGUUUGCAGAUUAAGUGAAAGACAACCCUUCUUAUCAGCAGAAGAUUUCCUCGAAUCUAGUCUGGUUCAGAGAGCAGACUCCAAGACAGAAUUAUUAAAGGGUAUUUCAUUAUUGGAACUUAUACUGAUUAUCAGUAUGAAGAAGUUAUUAGAAAAGGAUGUGCUUUCAUUUAAUUUCCAGAUGGUGUAUGAUGAAUAUAAGGAUUUCAUGAAUGAAACCCAAGUGAAAGGCAUGGGAUUUGGUAUGAAAUUAUAUAAGCGGGCUGUAGCACUCAAGGCCUUUGAAAAUCUCCAAAUGUUCGAACUUGUUUGUCCAACCGAUAUUGCAGGAAAAUGUCCUAAAGAAUACCGAAUGACGAAAUUAAUGUUGGAACAAGCACAGGUAACAGAAGCCGUCUUGAAAUACAAUUGUCCUUCGAUGGUCAAGAAAUGGGGAACAGGUGCUGCAUAAGGGCUCUUAAUCAUGAUUAUCUUAAUAAAGUCUAUUUCUUUACCGACUGCAGUUCAUGCAACUAAAAAAAAAAAAAAAAAAAAAAAAAAAAAAACUUUGGAGAACAUAUUAUAGAUAUGUGCAUGG